UCGUCCGGUUUGCAAUAUAAAUUAAGGCAACAAAAUGUAGUUUUUGUUUAGUUUCACUUAUAACUUCUACGUCUCUGCUUUUUAUUUUCGUUGUUUAGUUCUUAUUUCUUCAUUUCGCGUUUUCAUUUGUACAUUCGUUCGCUAUGUAUUUUCUGUUUUCAAUGCGCGCGCCAUUUGCAUUGUACCAAUAUAUCGACAACCAAAUACUAACAGAAUGUUAAUCGACCACAGAACCAGCUCUGUUAACUCUUUAAUCGAUAAGCGUCUUUAAAUUGCCAGGGACUCCGACAUGAUUUUCGUUUAACAUUAAGUUUCCGCGCCUAAAUUCAAAUUUUAAAUUAAAAACCAACACUUGUACUAAGUUGAAUAAUUGACUUGUAAAACACUGUUUAAACAUUGUAAUAGAAAAAAAUUUGCACGUGUUAAGAACUUUUGUUGAUUUUGACAGCUUAGCUAUAUAUUAUUGUGCUCGCCAUUGUUGAGAUCAUGCGCUAAUUAUGUGGCGGACACGCGACCGGAUAAAAAAUAAUCAAGUACUAACUAUUAGUCAGUUGUAUUUGCAUUGACAAUUCCGUGUAAUUCAAAUCAGAAGUGAAGUACAAAUCCAAUUCACAUGAUUCGGCUUCCCUAGCCUCGACAACAGACUGCUCUAUAUAUUUCUGAUUUUCUUGACUGUACAAAACAAACGCAAUAUGCUAAUUUCACAGACUUAUUGCAAUCGAUUUUUACAUGUGAAAAACAAGGUGUGUAAUUAGAACAAUUCAAGGUGCUAAUUAGAGCCAACCGCCGCUUAGUAAAAUAUCAUUUAGCUCAAUUGUAUAAAAAGCUUUGUUGAGACUCAACUUAGUUACACUUCGAAUUCCGUCUUCAAGAAGAUAACAGCUCUAUUGUGCAUCACUUACAGUAGAAACAGUUAACAACAAAAUCAAACAGAAUGUUGUCCACUAAGCAAAUCUGCCAAAUACUCGCGUGCCUAGUUACCCUACAAAUGAUUUGUGCAUAUCCCAGUUCCAUUGAACAAAGACUGACGACAGAUGCUGUGCAAACAGAUGCAGAGUAUACAAAAAUUGAACAACUCUACAGAUUAGAGCGCACCUUAAGCAGGCUGCGACGCGCCGUGGUCGAUCUGUCCUAUGAGGAAGCCGCUGAUGAUAUGGAGUUGGCUGAGAUAAAUGUAUUCCGUCCGCUAUUUCGUUAUCGGGCCGAGGUUGCCAGACAGGUGAAAAAUCCCAAGCAACAACAAUUUGGUUAACAAAUUUGCAUAUACCCUGUAAUAAUAUAGGCUAGUCUUUUAGUAUACUCAUCAGCUACAUCAGUUCACAAAGCAUACGUCACAUCAACACGUUUUAUAC